CAAAGUGCUGGGAUUACAGGCUUGAGCCACCGCGCCCAGCCGAGAAUUUUUUAAAAAGAGAGAAGGGAGUAGUAAAUGACUAAAUAUAAAGCACCUAGUGCUGUAUUUUGCAAAUGGUAAUCACUCAGCAGGUGUCUCAGCUCCUCGCUUCAGCAACCAGGCUUCCAGGACCGGAAGGAAGUCUUCUGCAUUCAAAACUAGACUCAAACUACUCCCCUCCACCACCCAAUUCUACUCCUGUGCUCGCGCUCCUCCUGCCUGGCAAAUUCCAUGGCCCGACAGAUUCACUUCCAUUCCACCGCCGGACCAGGAACGUCAGUGGGCCACCCAUGCCUGGAAAACGGCUGGCUGGGCCAGAGGGGCGAGGACCGCUGCAGAGCGGGGCUGGUACCAGCCACUUCUUGGGAGCCGCGGUACGCGCAGCCUUGUGGGAGCUGUAGUUCCCACAACUCCGAGUCUCCAGGCGAGGCGUCACUGCAGGACUCGUUUUCCCGUGCUCCUGUGCGCUGGUCCACUUGGGACGGGUCCCUGGGUAGGUGAGGUGGGUAGGAGCUUGCUUAUAGAAAAGUGGAAUCGAGUCGUCCUUGUUAGUGGAGCCGCUGCCGCCAUGGAACUCAGAGCCCGUUCCUGUUCCUUCAAGAGUGCUGGAGGCCAAACUUGAAAUACAAGUUUAAGUUUCCCCAUAGGGCAAAAGAUAAGGAUCCGAACUCCCCCGGCCCGGUGUGCAGCAGGAGCGACCAACCCCGAUCCGGGUUAAAAGUCCCAGGGACUCUUCGCUGCCGCCACCUCCUGUUCCCUCCCCACGUUCCCACUCAGGGUCUCCCUCAAGGCCGGGAGGCACAGCGGUCCCUGCUUGUUGAGGGGCUGGAUGUACGCACCCGCAGGUUCCCGCGGACUUGGGGGCGCCCGCUGAGCCCCGGCGCCCGCAGAGGGCUUGUGUUUGCCUCCUGCAGCCUCAACCCGGAGGGCAGCGAGGGCCUACCACCAUGAUCACUGGUGUCUUCAGCAUGCGCUUGUGGACCCCGGUGGGCGUCCUGACCUCGCUGGCGUACUGUCUGCACCAGCGGCGGGUGGCCCUGGCCGAGCUGCAGGGGGCCGAUGACCAGCGUCCAGUCGACCGCAGCCUGCUGAAGUUGAAAAUGGUGCAGGUCGUGUUUCGACACGGGGCGCGGAGUCCUCUCAAGCCGCUCCCGCUGGAGGAGCAGGUAGAGUGGAACCCGCAGCUAUUAGAGGUCCCACCCCAAACUCAGUUUGAUUACACAGUCACCAGUCUAACUGGCGGUCCGAAACCACAUUCUCCUUAUGACUCUCAAUACCGUGAGACCACCCUGAAGGGGGGCAUGUUUGCCGGGCAGCUGACCAAGGUGGGCAUGCAGCAGAUGUUUGCCUUGGGAGAGAGACUGAGGAAGAACUAUGUGGAAGACAUUCCCUUUCUUUCACCAACCUUCAACCCACAGGAGGUCUUUAUUCGUUCCACUAACAUUUUUCGGAAUCUGGAGUCCACCCGUUGUUUGCUGGCUGGGCUUUUCCAGUGUCAGAAAGAAGGACCCAUCAUCAUCCACACUGAUGAAGCAGAUUCAGAAGUCUUGUAUCCCAACUACCAAAGCUGCUGGAGCCUGAGGCAGAGAACCAGAGGCCGGAGGAAGACUGCCUCUUUACAGCCAGGAAUCUCAGAGGAUUUGAAAAAGGUGAAGGAAGGGAUGGGCAUUGACAGUAGUGAUGAAGUGGACUUCUUCAUCCUCCUGGACAAUGUGGCUGCCGAGCAGGCACACAGCCUCCCAAGCUGCCCCAUGCUGAAGAGAUUUGCACGGAUGAUUGAAGAGAGAGCUGUGGACACAUCCUUGUACAUACUGCCCAAGGAAGACAGGGAAAGUCUUCAGAUGGCAGUCGGCCCAUUCCUCCAUAUCCUGGAGGGCAACCUGCUGAGAGCCGUGGAUUCUGCCACCGCGCCCAACAACAUCAGAAAGCUGUAUCUCUAUGCGGCUCAUGAUGUGACCUUCAUACCACUCUUAAUGACCCUGGGGAUUUUUGACCACAAAUGGCCACCGUUUGCUGUUGACCUGACCAUGGAACUCUACCAGCACCUGGAAUCUAAGGAGUGGUUUGUGCAGCUCUAUUACCAUGGGAAGGAGCAAGUGCCGAGAGGUUGCCCCGAUGGGCUUUGCCCACUGGACGUGUUCUUGAACGCCAUGUCAGUUUAUACCUUAAGCCCAGGAGAAUACCACGCACUCUGCUCUCAAACUCAGGUGAUGGAAGUUGGAAAUGGAGAGUAACUGAUUUAUACAAGCAGGAUGUGUUGAUUUUAAAAUAAAGUGCCUUUAUACGAUGCC